UACUGGGCUGUUUAAAGACUAACUUCGUGCAGCCCUCCAGAACAGCGGGUGGCACUAAUGCUUCAUUUUAGUGUCUUUGUGUAACUGAAACACACAGAGAGAAAAGAAAAGAAAAAAGUAGGAGGGCUGCACAAGAUUGAGAUCUGAGCACAGAGAAAAGUUACAGCAGCGCUGAGAUGGAAAUGCAGCUUCCACCUCACGAGGGAGGCGAGCUGUCUGUGGUCGACAUGCACACGGGUGGAGAGCCUUUGCGGAUCAUCCUCAGUGGCUACCCAGAGGUUAAAGGUGACAGCGUGCUUUCCAAACGUCGCUACGUCCGGGAACAUCUGGACCACCUCAGGAGGGUGCUGAUGUAUGAACCGCGAGGACACUACGACAUGUAUGGGGCCCUGAUCGUGGACAGCGAGUUACCCGAGGCCGACCUGGCGGUGCUGUUCAUGCACAACGAGGGCUACAGCACCAUGUGCGGCCACGCCGUCAUCGCACUGGGACGCUUCGCUGUGGACUACAAACUAGUGAAAGAGCCGAAGUCGCCAGAGACACAAGUGAACAUCCACUGUCCCUGUGGCCUGGUGAAGGCCUUUGUUGAGUACUCUGAGGGGAAAACGGGAGGAGUGAGGUUUCUCAGCGUGCCUGCGUUUGCAUUUGCUACAGAUGUGACAGUGUUGGUGGUGGGGUUUGGUGAAGUAACGGUUGACAUCAGCUACGGAGGAGCCUUUUACGCCUUUGUGAAUGCCCAGAAGUUUGGUCUGGAUGUGUUCAAGUCCAGGACUCGGGAUCUUAUCGACGCAGCCACAGCUGUGACCAGAGCUGUCAAAUCUCAGGUGAAGUUGCAUCAUCCAGCCAGCGAUGAUCUGGCCUUCCUGUAUGGCACCAUACUAACAGACGGGAAAGACGAUUACUCCCCUGAACCCACCGCCAAUAUCUGUGUGUUUGCUGAAGCUCAGGUAGACCGAAGCCCGACUGGUUCUGGUGUCACGGCUCGAGUAGCUCUUCAGUAUCACAAAGGUCUCAUCCAGCUGAACCAGACCAGGACGUUCCAGAGCGGAGCCACUGGGUCCCAGUUCACAGGAAAGGCUGUUGAGGAGACCAAGUGUGGAGACUUCAAAGCUGUAGUGGUGGAAGUUGCUGGCAGAGCUUUUUACACCGGAGUUUCACGCUUUGUGCAGGAGGCAGAUGACAAGCUGACACAUGGUUUCCUGCUGAAAUACUGCAAGGAGCUCAGUCACUGGUACUCUUCCACAUCCAUUGAGUUGAUUCAAGCAUCUGACCAAGAUCCCUCCUGGGUUCCUCCUAGGUGAGGUGUUUCAGCCACGUCAAACUUCUGGGGCGGACUUGGGACAUGCUGAGUGUCUCAUCUGGCUUGGAAAACCUCAGCAUCCCCCCAAGAGAGCUGGAAGAAGGGUUAGAGAGAGGAAGGUCUGGGUUUCUUUGCUUUGCUUAGACCCUGCCCCAGAUAAGCAGUAGAAAAUGGAUGGAUGGUUAUAACUAAAGAUAAAAUCUGAAGAACAGCUAAAAGGAAGUGUACUGCCAUUCAGAUAUCUACUAAAAUAUUCUUGAUAGUGAACUUUGAUUGUAUAUGUUAAUAAACAUAAAUAACUAUGUUAUCGUGUAUGACUGAAUGUAAAAAGGGAUUUUUGCUUUGAUGAUUUGAAGUGUACAUUAAAUGAAGUGCACAUUAAAUGUUGUUGCAUUUACUGACCACUAGAUGGAGCCACAAUGCUGGUUACCUUUAGAGUUUAAAAUUCAGCCACAUAAAAAAGAUGCUUCCACUUCCUGUUCAAGGUUUUUAGUAGCAAUAAACAACUUUAUAAA